UAAGAGCUCCCAAACAAGAAAAAUUAAUAGAAAGCUGAUGAUAGAAGUAUUUCUCUACCUACCGUUAUACUUUCACCCCCUACCAUUAAAGCAAAUGCUCUGAUUCUGAUGGACUCAAGAGGCAAAUUCUGAUCUUGAAUUGUGGCAAAAGUGUAGAAAACAAGAAACUCAUCUCAGGAAAGAUUUCCCAGAAACCAAAGGGGCCCACUGGACUGGUCCUUCACCAUAAGUUUUCUGGGUUUUGCUGGUUUUGUGUCUCAGAGAGCUCAAUAGUGUGUUUUGAGCUGUGUUUGGCUGGUUCUUCAUCAUGGAUUCUUGACCAGAAACCAAUUAAUAUACCUCAUUCACUCUCUGAAAGCCACAAACCCUUCUGGGUCAGAGCUAAAAGGUUAUGUGUUGGGCAAUGGCUAAUGGGGUACAAAACCAAGAGGGGGUGCCAGAAAAUCUGAGAAUGCAGCUUGCUGUUGCUGUGAGGAGUGUGCAGUGGAGUUAUGCAAUUUUUUGGUCACUGUCAACCAAACAAGAAGGGGUAUUGGAAUGGGGUGAAGGGUACUACAAUGGAGAAAUUAAGACACGGAAAACAGUCCAAGCCAUGGAACUUAAAGCAGACAAAAUGGGCUUGCGGAGGAGCGAACAACUGAGAGAGCUCUACGAGUGUCUCUUAGAGGGUGAAACCGAUCAACAAGCUAAGAGGCCUUCUGCUGCAUUGUCACCAGAUGAUCUCACCGAUGCAGAGUGGUAUUACUUGGUUUGCAUGUCCUUUGUGUUCAACCCGGGCCAAGGUUUGCCAGGAAGAGCAUUAGCGAAUGAUCAGCCCAUCUGGUUAUGCGAUGCUCAUUCUGCUGAUAGCAAAGUAUUUUCUCGCUCUCUGCUAGCAAAGAGUGCAUCUAUUCAGACUGUUAUAUGUUUUCCCUAUUUGGGAGGUGUCAUUGAGCUUGGCGUGACUGAUCUGGUAUUAGAGGACCCUAGCCUCAUUCAGCACAUCAAGGCUUCUUUAUUAGAGUUUUCAAAGCCCGAUUGCUCUGAGAAAUCUUCGUCUACUCCUCAUAACAGAGAUGGCGACGCAGACUGCGUGUAUGCCAAGGUCGAUCAUGAGAUAGCAAACACAAUGGCUUUGGAAAAUUUCUAUUCCCCGAAAGAAGAAAUCAGAUUUGAUCAAGAGGGACUAAAUGAAAUUGAUGGAAAUGUCCAGGAUGAUUUCACAAUGGGUUCUCCCGAUGACUGUUCAAAUGGGUGUGAGCACAAUCACCAGACAGAGGACUCGUUCUUGCUCGAAGGAAUUAAUGGCGGAUCAGCUUCACAAGUUCAGAGCUGGCAUUUCAUGGACGAUGAUUUUAGUAACUGUGUUCAAGGUUCCGUGAACUCUAGCGACUGUAUAUCUCAAGUUUUUGUGAAUCAAGAAAAGGGUAUUUCUAUUUCUCAUCCCAAUGGUGAAAACAUGAAUAACAGUCAUUUGAAAGAACUUCAAGAACGCAAUGACACGAAACUUAGCUCAUUGGACCUUGGAACCGAUGAUGAGUUGCACUACAAAAGAACUCUCUCCGCUGUUCUGAAAAAUUCUCAUCUGUUUCUUGACAAUCUGUGUGUCAGAGGCAGUGGCUCCAGCUUUGUGAGUUGGAAAAAAGGUGAAAUCUUUAACGGUCAUAGGCCACGAGUGCUGCAGAAAAUGUUGAAAAUGAUUUUGUUUAAUGUCCCUUUAAUGCACGGUUGUUCUUCACUGAAGUCUCAACAACAAAAUGGAAGAAAUGAUGGGCUUUUGAAACCAGAAAGUGAUGAGAUCUAUGUACAAUGUGCUUUUCCGGAAAAGAGAAUGGAGGAUGAGAAGUUUUUGGUCCUCAGGUCAAUGGUUCCUUCUAUUAGCAAGAUUGAUAAAGCAUCAAUCUUGGGUGAGGCAAUAGAAUACUUGAAAGAGCUUGAAGCAAGGGUAGAAGAAUUGGAAUCUUGCGUUGACUUUGCCGAUCAUGAAGCAAGAGGCAGAAGAAAAUACCCGGAUGUGGUAGAGCAGACAUCCGAUAACUAUGAAAAUAGGAGGAUUGAAAAUAGCAAGAAACCUUGGAUGAACAAGAGGAAGGCUAGUGAUAUUGGUGAAACAGAACCAGAGCUGAUCAGCAGCGUUGUACCUAAAAAUGGGCCAAUUUUAGACAUGAAAGUCAAUGUGAAAGAGCAUGAGGUUGUGAUUGAAAUGAGAUGUCCAUGGAGGGAGUACUUGUUGCUUGACAUCAUUGAUGUUAUGAACAAUCUCAACUUAGAUGCUCACUCAGUUCAAUCUUCAACUGUCGAUGGCAUUCUCACUGUCACCCUUCAAUCUAAGUUUCGAGGAGCGGCAGUGGCAUCAGCAAGGAUGAUUAAGCAAGCGCUUUCAACUAUUGCUGGCAAGUGUUAGAGAACCCAAAUCUUGCAUUGAGUUUGCUUCUUUCAGUUGUUGUAUAACUCUUGUAUCAUUGCACAACUUGGUCAGUCUUGUUUUCUGAUCUACAUGUUGAAAAGCACUCCUUUAACUGUCUAACCUACCGGCCACUUUAUCAGUGAAUUUGUGUUUGGAUCUAAUUUGUCUAGUAUCUGCCUUUCAGUUCCAUGUCAUUAGGAUUUGCAGCAUCACUAUUAUUCACUUCAUUCUGGCACAUUGAUAUUUGUCUUUUAAUUAAAAUCUGCCUGUUUGUGUUUUUGUUUUCA